AUGGUGCUUGAUAGAAUCGGAUCCAGUGUAUUUACAGAAUUAAUUCGUGCUUUUAAUGUACACGGGACUCAAGUUGAGGAAGUCUGGAGCUUAGAUACAUUAGAAGACCUAAAGCCAAUUUAUGGUUUGAUUUUUCUUUUCAAGUGGCAAGGCGGUAAUGACAGCUCUAGGUUACAUCCAGACGCGGAUCUUAGUAUCGAUGAGAAUGUAUACUUCGCAAAACAAGUUAUUCAUAAUGCAUGUGCUACUCAAGCAAUUUUAUCUAUUUUAUUGAAUUGCCCUAUGAUUAAUUUAGGAACUGAUUUAGAAUCAUUUAAAGAUUUCACUAAAGAAUUUGAUCCGGAUAACAAAGGGUUAGCGAUGUCCAAUAGUGAGCUUAUUCGCGGUGUUCAUAAUAGUUUUGCUCGUUCUGAUCCGUUCAUGAUGGAUUCAUCCGGUUCAUCCUCUUCUGAGAAGGAAGAUAUUUUUCAUUUUAUCUCGUAUGUUCCAAUUCAAGGAGCUUUAUACGAGUUAGAUGGGUUAAGUGCUGGGCCAGUGAAUUUGGGUCCAUGUACAGAAGAUAAUUGGCUUGAAAAGGUUCGCCCUGUUAUAGAGGAAAGGAUGGCGCGUUAUACAUCCUCGGAAAUUCGAUUUAAUUUGUUAGCACUCAUUAAAAAUCGCGACGAAGUGUAUCGAACUCGAAUUCAGGAAAUUGAAGGAAGACUCCACCAUGCAAAUGAUACUAACAAUUCUCUGGAACUUAUGCAAUUACGUGAUGAAAGGGAAGAUUUAUUACGCCAAAUUGAAUUUGAAAGAAUUAAAUUUAAAAGAUACGAGCGCGAAAAUUCAUUACGGAAACAUAACUUCAUUCCAUUUAUAUAUAAUAUGAUCAGAAUUCUGGCAGAGCGUGGUGAGUUACAAGCACGCAUUGAAUACGCUCGAAAAGAGACGACAAAGAGAAUUAGGGAGCGCAGAAAAGAGUAG